AAUUAACGUCUCUUUCACCGAUGCUAUUAUUUUCCCUGCGUUCACCAAAAAGAUCCGUUCGCGAACGACCAAAUCACUAUUGCAUGCAAAUAGAAGAGCGCAAUUAUGCUCCUAGUGGCCACCGCCAGAACUGAGAGCUUACUGUAUCAGAGCAGAAUGGAGGAAAGUUAGGUGAAGUUGAUAACGAUGAAGAUGCAUUAAGUUCUGUUAUAAAAUACUUGUCACAUUACAUAUUGGGGGUUCUCAUGAGAGAAACAAGUGUAUAGGUCUACUUCACCUUGAACAAGCGGAGUUGGUGCGUUUGGCUACAUCAUCCUCUUCCGUGGUACGCACUCCCCGCAUUGACAAAGAGGACAGAUCCAGUGCGCGGUAGGCUACAGCGGGAAGGUAGGUCUCCUCUGCAGCCUCAGCUCUGUCCAGAGAGCCAAGAAAGGCCAGGGCCACUGGCGUGUUGUCUACUUUCCCACUGCAUCAUGGGUAACUUCUCCAGCAAGGACAGCCAUGGACCCACAGGGCCCAACUUGGAUGUGUUCCACACCCCCCCUACUUCUCCAGUGACCUCCACCCUGCCUGCUCUCACUCAGAUCACACCCUUUACACCAGGCCAGCCGGUCCCAGCCACAGCUCCGGCCCAAGCUCCAGCCCUAAGUGGGAAGAGACUAAUACCCUCCCUGCCUGUCAGCCCAGGCUACUCUGUGAUUGGUCCUGGGCUUAUCUCCCUGCAGGGAAAGACAGGAAGUGAUGCAGCAGCGCCUGAAAGGCGGGUUGUGAUGGGGUGUAAUGGAGGACCCACCUGCUCUACUCCCAGGAGUCCUGUAUCCCAGGGGAAUAGCUCAAUGAUUAGCCCCACCAAGAGUCUUCCAUCUCUGGAUAGCCCCUUGUUUUCAGCCGGCCCGGUCAGCCCCUCUGACCAUAGCUGGAAGGAAAAGGACAGUGGACUGAGCACAUCCAUGCUGGAGGUCCGUAGGACUGCAGACAACCAGGGAGAGCUGGAGAGAUUGGUGGAGGAGUGUAGGACAGCACUGGGUCUCAGCCCCAGUCAGUAUGCUGCUCUGAGCAGCGUGGGUAAGAGCAGCACAUACUUAGAUGUAUUGAAGCAUCUGCUAGUGGAACGUCAGACGUUGACCGUAGAGGUCCAGAGUCUGAGGGAGACUAUGCAGACUGAGAGAGGGGAGUGGCAGCAGUUCCAGUCUGACCUGCAGGUGGCAGUAGCGGUGGCCGACCGGCUGAGGGCCGAGGCCGAAGAGGAACUGAGCGUGCUCAGAACGGCUCAGAAGGAUACAGAGCGAGAGCUGGCGGCAGCCCAGCAGAGAUGGGAAGAGACUGAUGGGCAGCUGGUCAUCCUGCGAGGAGAGCUGAAGGAGAGCAGGCAGAGACUGGCCCACCUCACCCAGAACCAGGGGCCAGGACAGGCCAAGACCCAGGGCAAGGAGGGUACCACUGGGGAGAUCAGCACACCUGAGCACCAGGAGGGAAGCCACCGGGGCAGGGAGAGGGGAAUCAGCAGGGUGGGCCAAGGAGGAGAUGGAGAUAUGGGGAAGAGGAGCCAGGAAGAAGUGAAUAAGAAUGUGGUUGUGGAAGAGGCUAGGACAGACACUAAGGUCGUGGCCAACCGGUACUUGAUGAAGGUGACCAAUGAGGAGAGGAGUGCAGAGGAGGGGUGUGAUGUGAGGGAGACGCGACGUAUGCUCGCACAGGAGAGGUCAAGAAGCCUUUCCAGACUACCCGCGUCUUCAGACUCUCCCACGGUACAGAAUGGAACAUCCCAGUCCAAUACUGCCACAAUAGUUGGGUCUACAUUCAAGAACCAAAGCCAAACCAGAGGAAGAAGAGAGUUGGAAAGGCAAGGCAGCUGGUCCAGCACUCACACCGGGAUACAGGAGGAGGCAUUGAACCAGUACAACUCUGCCCUGACAGACCUGCCCCCGAACAAGGCUUCUAAGACCAGGUCUCAGGACAGCUUCAGUUUGCUGCUGCGCCGCCAUGGCGGCUCCAAGAGGAACUCUCUGCUGCGCUGGUGUCAGAACCGCACUCAGGGCUACAAGAAUAUUGACAUCACUAACUUCAGCAGUAGCUGGGCAGAUGGUCUGGCCUUCUGUGCUCUGUACCACACCUACCUCCCCUCACGUAUUCCCUACUGCACCCUUAGCCCUGACAGCAAGAGGGAGAACCUCAGCCUGGCAUUUAAGACUGGAGAGAAUGUUGGAAUCACAACAUUACUUACCAUGGAGGAGAUGCUGAGGGCUGGAGGACCAGACUGGCAAAGGGUUCUGGGAUAUGUGGAGAGCAUGUACCAUCACUUUGAGAUGUAAUGACUGUGUAUGAGGGAAGCCUCGGAGGGGGUUACAGUUCACUACUACUGGUUGAAGGAGAGGGAGUGUAACUCGCCCUUCUACUAGCUGAGAUGGUCAUUAGCCAGGUUUCCAUCCAACCAAUUAAUGUGGAUGAAUUGCCUGACGCAUGAAAAUGACCGGGUUGAUGGAAAGAGGAAAUGUUGGUACAAUUUCAUACAUUUCGACAGGCAAGUUUUGUUCAACAUGGUGGGAUACUUUUGCGUCGGUACAAUUAAUUACGCGAGAAAUGGUGUUAAACACCUUUUGUGUUCUAAUAUUGAUAUAAUAAUCAAUCAAUCAAUCAUUAUGAACUUCACAGGGGGGGGUGAAAGUGCACUGUGAUAAGCUUGAUGCUCCUUUCCAAUACAUUUCGAGGGUCUUAUUCUGAUUGAUGCUUGGCUGCUGUUUUGACAAAUAAUCUCGAUCUUACCCAUAAUAAUCUCAUCAUGUAGGCCUAGGCUAGCCUAUACCCGCACUGUGUCUGCCAGCUGUUAGCUAGCACACACGUGCCAAAACCAGAGUGGGUACUUUUGCUAUGUAACGCAACAGUUUUUGAACAAAACCAUCGGUAGAGUUGAAAAUGCAAUGGGAAACCCAUUACUUUUUAAAAUUCAGUACAUGGGAGUUUAAGCGCAAAAUAUAUUUUUAUAUGUACUAAGGUCAUCACGCACAGCAUGUAAUCCGCAACAAGUCAGUUUGAUGGAAACACGUCUGUGGUGAGAAAAUGUGCCUAUUGAUUUUAGAAUAUUCACAUGAAAAUCUGUGGCCAAUUGGAUGGAAACCUAGCUAGUGAUUGGCAUCUCGUGAAAGUAAGUGUUUGUUGGCACAACAGAGCCCCGUUGUGGUCAGGAAUGCAGGUGCCCUUUUUUUCAGCAGUACCUUCUUAAGCUGCUGCUUUGUGUACAGUGCCUUUUUUUAAUAUCAGUUUUCCAUUCCAAUGACUCAUGUUUUCUAUCAGUUUUUAGCACUCUGUAAAUAUGCACUUUUAUAAGCACUUUGAUGAUUGUAAUUUAAAAGGAAAGGAAUGCAUAUAUAUAUACAGUCUGUCUUGCAAUCCGUGGAUGCUUAUAUGUAACUAAAAUGUGAUCGCUGACUACGUUGCCAAAGACGCAGAAUAAAUAAAAUUGUCAAUAUAAA